AUGGGCCAGGAAGGCAGAACUAUUGGAGGUCGCUUCCUACUGACGAAGAUGCUUGGAGCUGGAUCCUUUGGUCAGAUUUACAUCGCGAAAGAUACAAAAAAUUGCGACCGUGAGGUUGCCCUGAAGCUUGAGGUGAAGGAUACAAAGAAUCCUCAACUGAUUUAUGAAGCCAAACUCUUGAAGCUCCUGCAGGGUUCCCCUGGGGUUGCCGAGGUCUACUACUUUGGAGUAGAAACCGAUUAUGCAGUGAUGGCUAUGGAACUCAUGGGCCCUUCCUUGGAGGAUGUUUUCAACCUUUGCCGCCGGAAGUUGUCCUUGAAGUCCACACUGAUGCUGGCAGACCAGCUUCUCCUACGGAUCGAGUACUUUCACAGCCGCCACUACAUUCACCGUGACAUUAAGCCAGACAAUUUUCUCAUAGGUCGUGGACAAAGGUCGAACAUUGUGUACAUUAUCGACUUCGGCCUUGCCAAAAAGUACAGAAACCCAGAUACCCUUGUACACGGACCUUACCGAGAAAAUAAGAACCUCACAGGUACAGCACGCUAUGCUUCGCUGAAUGCCCAUUUGGGCCUUGAGCAAAGCCGCAGAGAUGAUCUUGAGGCGAUUGGCUUUGUGUUAGUCUAUUUCUUGAAAGGUUCAUUGCCUUGGCAGGGCAUCAAGGCGGAUGGCAAGGUUGACAAGUACACCGCCAUUAUGGAAAAGAAGUUAAGCAUGACCUUUGCCGAACUUUGUCAAGGAAUGCCCGAGGAGUUUGCGGCCUAUCUCACGUAUACUCGCAACUUGGAGUUUGAUGAAGAGCCAGACUACCGAUAUUUGCGAUGGCUUUUCCAAAGUCUUUUCCAACGCGAAGGUUUUCAGAAUGAUGGCUGCUUUGACUGGAAUGUCGUGAAGCAUCGGCCAGAUGUGCAGGUCAGCGAGCUGAGAGAGGCUAGGCUCCGCCGUGAAGUUGUGGGAAGCCAGCGCACUGAUAGAGCCCCUGCUGAUGUGGUGCUUUCAGUUCGAUCUGGCUCACACUGA